CCGGCUUCACAAAGACAAACAAGAUCUGAGUCUUGUUUGGAAAACAAGAUCAACAAUCACACUUAGAGGAGAUACGACCCUGAAACUGGAAACUUACUGGGAUUUUUAACCGUCAUCACAGUGGAUUUAAAACUUUCAUUGUUCUCCUGGAUGAGCUGAGAGUAGAGAAUAUCCAGGUUUUCUUGGCUGAUUGUAUUUCAUUCUAGGCAUCAGUUUAAGUGCAGGUGACUGGAGGGAUUGGGACAUGAAGGAGCUGAUGUGGCUGGUUUUUCUCUGCUGCUUUUGGGAGACCAACCCUGUGGUCAUGACUCUGAGGCAGACUAUGAGUCAGCUGAUGAUGGUGAUCCUGCUGGACCUCAAUGAUAUUUGGACGCUGCCGGCUCCCAGCAGAGUUUCCAUGGACUCUGUGGACAUGAGACACACACUGAGGUGGCGCCCCCCACAGGCUUCAUGCAACACUACAGUCCUGUACUCCGUCCAGUACCAGGGGGAGUUCGAGCUGCUGCUCAGGAACGGCAGCUGGUUGGACGCUGCAGAAUGCCAGCAGAUCCCUGGAACUCACUGCGACCUGAGCUUGGACCUCGGCUCCGACUCGGACUACAACCUGCAGGUCAGAGCUCAGUGUGGCUCACAGCGUUCAGCCUGGACCCGCCUCAGCCGAGCCUUCAACCGGAGAGACACGCUGAUGACGGUUCCAGAGAUGUCAGUGACGACUUCCAGCGACGCCCUUCAGGUGACCUUCAACAAACUUCCUCCUUCAGCUGCUGUCAGCGUGACGGUGUGGAAGGAAGGCGAUGAGAUGCAGGCUGCUGUGUUCUCGAUGCCCUCUGAGCAGACGGUGCUCCACGUCGCCGCCCUGCAGGUGGGAGUGAUGUACUGCGUCAGCGCUCAGGUCGUCCUGGACUCUGGGCUGCACAGCAGCAGCACCGACACCCGCUGUGUGUCCAUCACAGGUGCUGCUGCCUGGAAGAGGCCGACCACCGUCACCGUCACCGUCAUCGUCAUCGUCAUGGCCGGUCUGCUGUUUGCUUUGUUCUGGUCUGUCGUUCACUGCCGGCCAGACGCCUGCCAGACAUAUUUCCAUAAAGAGCCGCUGCCACAGUCAUUGAAAGGUGAUUGGAGCGUUCAAAUCCCGAUGAGCCCUCAGGAGGCGGAGCUUGGUGAGGUUUGUGAGCGAAUCCCGGCGCUGCUGAGUGUCGACUCCGAGCGAAGAGCAUCGAAGACAGAUGCUGAAUUCACAGCACAUCUGGACAACCACAAGUAUUGAAGUUCUCUGGAGUUUGUGCCACAUUCAAAGCAGGUGGAACAAGAGCAAAAAGCUGAAAAACUGAAGGAAACAACGUCCAAAUGACCUUAUGGAUUGUGAGAGGGUCACAUCAGACCACAGGCGGGAUUUCAGAGUACAGAUGUGACUUUCUGACCAGAGUUUGUGGCCUGAAGGAGGCGAAACAUGACAAUAUGUUUACAUUCAAGAGACAAAGCUCCGUUAUGGAUGCAGGAAUUCUGACUACUGUCCACCAGAAACAAUACAGGAAGCUGGAUGUUGUUGAAGUCCACAGAAGGAGGAGGUCAGGGUUGAUGGAUGGGUCAACAAAUGUUUAGCUUGACUCUGCUGUUUGUUUCCUGUUUUCUACACAGAAUCAGUGUCAACAAACUUUAACCACAAAGUUACUAACAUAUCCAUGGACCAAUAAGAAGAUGACAUUGACAACAUUAUACUGAGCUGGAAACAGCAUUUUUUUCUUUUCAUUUUUGGUGAUUGGACUCAGAUGAUGAGUGGAUAGAAGAAAGGACAGGAAGAUUUUUAAUACAAAUAAAACGAUACUUACUGUAGAAACUUAAAAGAGCUGAGCCACUAGAACUACAGAUGAACUGUCCAGGAACAUUCAUGGUCAUAAGGGAAGGAAACAGUGAAGGUUUCAGGGUUCUUGAAGGCUGGAAAAGAGAAAACAAUGAAGACUAGAGGCUGGGGGAGAUAUAAUUAUGGUGCACAAUAGAACUGAGAAAUAGUGGAGGACUAUAAUGAAAUAAAGCUAAUGCGAAACAGUAGAAAAAUGAGCAGCCACCACUAGCUGUAAGCAGAAUUUACCUCAGGGGUCUGUGUGAAAUGGUGCAAUGGAAAGUCAAACUCAGUGGAAUGUCUCUGAAACAACCUGUAAAACCGAGGCUGAAGGAUCAAUCAGGGUUUAGUGGAUUUGAUGAGGCUUUGAACUCACCACACCUGAAAAACACAUAGAAGGUCGAUAACAUUCAUCAUGGAGCAUCUACAUCUGCAGGGAGAAAAACCAACCACUGCUGAGGAACAGCAACAGGAUUGAAGGGAAACUUUAGCUCAGGUUCAAGAAAACACUUUAAAAAACUUGGUGGAUGAAGGGAGAUAUGAAGUAUUACUGUAGUACCAGGAAGCAUUUUCUUACUGUAGAUGUCUGUGGUGGAGCCAGUUUUAACUGUUUUACAAACCUUUGGGUGAUGUAAUGUUUAAGAGUGUUGUUUUUUAGUGUUUUCUGUCAGAGUAUAGUGAUUAUGACUUUGACAGCUGGUGACAUUUAUAAAAACAUCCCAUCAUCUGACACAACCCUAUCAUUUAAAUAGGUUUGCUGGGUAUGGUUGUGUAUUUUAAUCAGGCUGUCACUGAAACGUUCAUAACUAAACUGUUAUCUUGAUUAGUCUUUGACAGAAAAUAACCUGUUUGUGCAUAUUGUUAUUGCUGGCAUCUCCAGUGUGAUUUUUUUCGAUGGAGGAGAUUCUAAAAUUGGACAAACUUUUUGAGCCUCCAUCAGCUUUUUGAAGUCGUGGAAAACCAAGAAUCUCUAUGAGAGUCUGUAAGAUUCUCUGGCUUUAAAAACUGUAAAUUAGUUGGGAACACAGCAGCAGGUACCUAUACACUCUAAAAGCAAUUUAAACAGCCCACUCCCAACACUUAAUUCAAUGCAUCACUGUAAGAUAAGAGAAAUCUAGUUUACAGAUUUUGAUAAAUCUUUAAUGUAAAAAUUAUUUUGAUUAGUUGUUUUGACAUAAUAAUGUUUUCCCUUCUACACUAGUUCAUUUAAAACCGCAUUCAAGUUGAAGUUACUUUAGGAAAUUGGCUUGAGAACUACAUUUUUUAUCACAUAGUUCAAGAUGUCAGGCCUCCUUCAUCUUAACAUACAAUUUCAGGCAGUUAAUUCGAAAUACCUUUGACUGCAGAAUCCCUCUAACUCAGUGUAUUUUCUACAGUUGAACAUAAUGUCAUUAAAAGUUGCCAAAACUGCAAAAACA